AACUUGAAUCCUUCAUAUUCUCGACACUUGAAUUUCCACUGUUUGAAGAAUGAAAAAAACAAGCUUUAUACACUGAAAAAUCUGCUCAUUGUAACAACCGCCAAUCUCCACGGCGAUCGUCACCUUUCUCUCUUCAAUCAGAGGAGUGCUAAAAGAGUUGAAGUUCAGGGCAAAAAUGCCUAAAAAUCUGUUAAAAUUCAUACUCCAAUUAAAACCAUCACUCUCGUCGCUGCUUCCUCGGCUGUAUCUCUUUAUUCCUUCGCUUUUGCUACAGCGGCGCUGUUCGCUAGAAUCUCCUCUGAAAAACAAACGACGACGACGAAAGCUACGGUCCUUUUUUCCUUUAGAAACCGCUCCAAAAGCCUAAGCUUUGCUCAUAUUUUGCCAAAGCUGAUUAACGAAGAUGCCGCGGAAACCAGCUAGGCAUCAUAGAUUGUUACCAGUUCAGCCUUUAACUUUCUCACCAUUUGCUCGUUCUGUUGCUCGAGUUGCUACUGCUUACCUGGUUAAGCAUCACAUGCACGAUGCCAUGCAGCAAUCUGCUGGUUUGUUUUUUUCUUUAUUUGGUGAUGAAUUUAAGGAGAAGUUAAAAAACGUAGACAGACAAUCCGUGUCAUCUGAGGAUGAAGAAUUUGAUGGAGUUGUCCAAGCAGAUUUUGCAUUCUUUGACCCAAAACCAGAUGAUUUUCAUGGUGUGAAAACAUUGCUGCAAUCCUACCUUAAUAACAAGCAAUGGGAUUUGAGCGGUUUUGUAGACUUGAUAUUGGGACAAACCACCGUUGGAACUGUUGUUAAAUUAGAGGAUGAUGAAGACAAUGGAGUUUUUUCUAUAAUUACUGCCCUUAACUUGGGGAGAUACAAGGAUCACAAAUGUAUUUCAGAGCUCAAGGAGUUCCUUCUUAACAUAUGCCAUGAGAAAGAUAAAAUAGGAAACUUGAGAUCACUUUUGGGAGAUGAAGCACAGAAAGUGGGUCUCCUGGUUUCCCAAUGUGUCGUGAACCUUCCUCCUGAACUCUUGCCGCCUCUUUAUGAUGCACUCUUUGAUGAAAUUUCAUGGGCUACCGAAGAUGAGCCCACAGAGGAGUUGCGUAAUUCCUUCCGGUUCAAAUUUUACGUAGUAGUAAGCAAAUUUUACAAGCACAAGAAUGCAAAUCAGAAAAGGUCUUCAAGCACUGACAAAGAUGAGGCUUUCGUAUAUAUUAAGCCUGAAGAUGAGAUUUUGCAUAAGCUGAGCAUGUGGUCCUUCCUUUUUCCAUUGCAAACUCAACAGGUUGCAACUCAUGAGCUAAAAAAUUACCAGCUAACAGGGAUUGUUAUGGCUGUCAAAGCAGAAGACAUUUCCUCAUUCCGACAACAAUUGCAUGCAUUGAUAAAUGAAUCUUGAAUCUCGUUGAAAGAAUGCAAAAUUUUUGACACUUUAAGUACUGUAUUUCUAACUUAAACGAUUUUGCACGAGUUUUCUGUUCCGAUAAAUGUUGAAGAUGCAACCCGAUAAUGGAGGAGUUGCAGGAAGGUAAGAAUCAGACUCCAAUUUGCAAGCAUAGCGAACACUCGGACCUGAUUUAGGUGACAUUUUUGAUGGAAUGAAUUUUGUUGUGAUAUAAAAGCUAUUUAUGUUUGUGACUUAA